AUGCACUUUCGAUUGAGCCAGACUGCGGCGUGCUUGUCGUUCAUAGCGGCAGCAAAUGGCCUCAGCACUCCUCGAUCCGUACCAUCGCAACAUGACCUUAGGGGAAAGCGUUCGAUAGAAGUACGAGACGGCGUUACGCAUACCGUGUUUGAGCACCGGGCGACUAGAGCAAAGAUUGACUAUGUGACAAACUCGGGUGUCUGCGAGACAACUCCUGGUGUAAACCAGUACUCUGGCUAUUUGUCUGUGGGCACAAACAUGAGCAUGUUCUUCUGGUUUUUUGAAUCGCGAAACAGCCCUGCCACAGCGCCGCUGGCUUUGUGGGUGAAUGGAGGACCGGGAUGUUCAUCCAUGAUUGGAUUGUUCACGGAAAACGGCCCUUGUACUUUCAACAACGUCAAUGGAAACACGCCAGUGCUGAAUCCACACAGCUGGAACGAGUACGCCAACAUGCUAUAUGUUGAUCAGCCUAUUGGCACUGGAUUCUCGUUUGGAAGCGAAACUGUCAACACGACUUUUGCUACUGCCGCUCCUGUCUGGACGUUCUUACAAGCCUUCUUCACCAACUUCCCACAGUACGAAUCUCGUGACUUUGGUAUCUUCACAGAGUCAUAUGGCGGGCACUUUGGACCUAGAUUUGCUGAAUAUAUCCAAUCUCAAAACACCGACAUCGCCAGCGGCAAGAUCCAGGGUCAAAAGAUUAACCUGGUCGCUCUGGGAAUCAACAAUGGCUAUUACGACAUGGCGAUAUCGGAAACGAAUUUCGUCAGGUUCAGCGCCAACAACAGCUACUACCCAUUGAUCAACAACAGUAUUGCGCUAGAGUACAUCUCGGAAAUUGAAUCCCAGUGUCUGCCUGGCGUGUUAAAUUGUUCGCCCUUUGAAGAUGGCCACUUCGACGACUGCGUAGCAGCAGAGACACCUUGCGCGGCGGUCGACAACAAGUUUAGCCAGUUCUUUCUCACCAACUACUCUACCCAUGAUAUCAGACAGCCCGCUCCUGGGAACUUCCCACCCGCAACUUACAUCGCUUACUUGAAUGAUCCGGCAAUCCAGAAGAAAAUUGGUGUGAAUGUGGCCUAUUCGGACUGUUCCAGCGACGUGGCGAACAAUAUCGACAACCUUGACGACGGAUUACGCUCGUAUCUGCCCGCUCUCUCCAAAGUCGUUCAAUCCGGCGUGACUACAGUCAUUUGGGCAGGCGAUGCCGACGCCGUCUGUGAUUGGUUCGGAGGAUUUGCAGCUGCGAAUGCCAUCCAGUACCAAAGCCAAACAGCCUUCAACCAGAAGGCGGUAACCGGAUAUACGGUAAACGGUGUCAAGGGAGGAGAGUUCAAAACCGUCGGUGCGUUGAGCUGGUUGAGGGUGUAUGCGGCGGGCCAUGCAACCCCGGCUUUUCAACCUGAGCUGGCGCUACAGGUGUUUAAACAGACCAUGAUGAAGACGCCUUUAAAGUCUACUUGA